GCGAUUUGUUCACCGUUGUUGCCCUUAACUUCAUCAUCUUCCCCUGGUCCCAUAGCCAUGAUUCUCCGGUUCAUACCUCAGUCAUUACCUUCCACUCUGUUAUCCUUACUUUUGUUAUUAUCUUACACAGUUCUUGUAACGGCAGAAGACUUUGAUUGCCAUGUGACCACUGGAGGGUUGAAAUGGGACCUUACGCCGCUGGAGGGCUCGCACACACUGUCCAGAACACGAGAGACGCCGCCCACAACUAUGGUGGAUGAGCUCAUAUUCAAUUUAUGCAAGGACUUGGAACCAAUGGAUGGUGUGCCAGACGACGACCAGUGCAAAGCUGGGACAAGGGCAUGUUUGAGGAAGACGAACAGGAAGGACGACGCAGACCGGGUGAUUGCUGUCAUACCUGUCGCGUCAACGACCACCCUUGAGCCAGAAUAUUCACAGCUUAAUUCACUGAAAGGUCUCUCCUUGACAUUUCACGGGUCCCCAUACCCCUCCUCUGGAGACUCCCAGUCUAUCGUAUUCUCUCUCUUUUGUGCCGAGGAUGCAGACCCCGAACCCAAACUCGUCUCAUAUGAGAACGGAGUAGUACGUGUUGAUUGGAGUACACCCUCGGCGUGUAGUUUGCCGGAUGACCAACCUCCACCACAAGAGGAUGAAGGCGGUGGAGAGAGCGACGAGAAACCAGCGAAGAGAGGCAGUGGACUUGGGUUCUUCUUCCUUGUCCUUCUUCUAGCAUUCGGUUCGUAUCUCACGCUGGGUGCAUACUACAACUAUUCCACAUAUGGUGCUCGCGGCGUGGAUCUUAUACCACAUCGAGAUUUCUGGCGCGAAGUGCCAUACAUGUUGCAAGACGUUGUAUCUCAUCUAUGUUCAACGGUUCGACCACAACGGUCGACUCGUGGAGGGUAUAUUGCCGUAUGAUGACCACAUUCUGUUUUCUGGGACAUGUUUCUAUUCAAACGUUUCAGAUAUAAACAUGGCACAUGCAUAGUGACUUAAUUACCCUAACGCCUUUACACUGUUAAACUACGCUGGAAACAGAAUGGAGAUGCGAGGUGAAUGAAGAUGUAACGUCCUGAAGUCGAUCCAGAUGAAAAUUACGAAGUCCGGUUAAUUAGCAAUGCUGCUGCGAACAGGCACAGCUACCAAUCCGUCUCAUUGAGUGACCCCUGCGCUCAAUAAAACCGCUGUAACGCCACUGACUUUGAGGCCUGUUUAUAACUCAAGUGCCUGUCUUGGGGCUGGUAGGCCAAG